AGUGUGAGCUGUGCCCGCUGCCCCGCGGCGUUACAGCUGUGUCCAGGUGUAAAAUGGUCCGAACAACGACAGCAGAGAAUGAGGAGGACCAGAGGGGACAGGAGCUCGUGGGAAACCAGGAAAUCCCUGAGACUCUCCAGAUUAAACAGGAGCCUGAAGAACAGAGUGUCAAACAGGAGGAAGUGCAGCUGCAAGUGUCUGUCCCUGAGUCAACUGCUGUGUGUGUGAAGACAGAAGAGUCCACACAGGGAGAGGACAUCAGCUCAGAGACACAUGUCUGCUCAGAAACUGAGGGAGACAGAAACACUGAAAAUGAUGAAAACUGGGGAGCUCCAUUCAUCUAUUCAAUCUGUGUCCAGAUCCCCUCUCUGAGCCCAGGUCCCACUCUGAACCAGGAAAUCCCUGAGACUACCGAAAUUAAAGAGGAGCCAGAAGAACACAGCGUCAAACAGGAGGUAGAGCAGCUGCAAGUGUGUGUCCCUGAGUUCAGUGAUGCGUGUGUGAAGACAGAAGAGUUCUCACAGGGAGAGGACAUCAGCUCAUCAGAGACACAUGUCCACUCAGAGACUGAGGGAGACACGGAGCACUCUUCUGACACAGACUAUGAUGAAGACUGGGGAGAUCCAUUCAGCUGUUCACCUGCACAGAUGGAGACAGAGGCAGAUGGAGACUUCAGAGCCAGAAACAGCACUGAACCAAACUCAGGUCUAUCCCCUAAUUCUGCACCAGAGACCAGUGCCACUGUGGACAAUGAAGACAUGUCAGGAACAGCUGAUGGGGCUGAGAGGAAGAAACACCAGUGCUGUUUUUGUAAUGAGAAAUUUGGGUCUAAAUAUAAUUUACAAAGACACAUUAGAGUUCACACAGGAGAGAAACCAUUCAGCUGUCCAAUCUGUAAGAAAACUUUUGCCCAAAACGAUCAUCUUAAAGAACACAUGAGAACACAUACAGGUGAGAAACCUUACAGCUGCUCUGUCUGUGAGAAAACGUUCACCCACAAGGGGAGCCUAUAUGCACAUGGAAGAUUGCACAGAGGUGAAAAACCUUACAGCUGUUCUGUUUGUAAUACACGGUUUAGCUCGAGCUACAAUCUGAAAAGUCACAUGAGUACACACACAGGAGAGAAACCUUUCAGCUGUUCCGUAUGUAAUUUACGGUUCACCUCAAGUUCUCAUCUAAAAAGACAUACAAGUACACACACGGGAGAGAAACCUUACAGCUGUUCAGUCUGUAGUACACGGUUUUCCUUAAGUUCUAGCUUGAAUAGACAUAUGAGAACACACACAGGAGAAAAACCUUAUAGCUGUCCUUUCUGUAAUACACGUUUUACGUCAAGUUACAAACUGAAAAGUCAUAUGAGUACACACACAGGAGAGAAACCUUACUGUUGUUCUGUCUGUAGUACACGAUUUGCCUCAAGUUAUUAUCUGAAAAGACAUAUGAGAAGUCACACAGGAGAGAAACCUUACGGCUGUUCUACCUGUGAUAAACAGUUUACCUCGAGCUAUUAUCUGAAAUGUCAUAUGAGGAGUCACACAGGAGAAAAACCUUACUGCUGUUCUGUCUGUAAUUCACGGUUUACCUCAAAUGAUUCCCUGAAAUGUCAUAUGAGGAUUCACACAGGAGAGAAACCUUACAGCUGUUCUGUCUGUAAUACACGGUUUACCUUGAGCUCUUCUCUGAAAAGACACAUGAGAACUCACACAGAAGAGGAUUAGGCUGAUCAUGACUGAAGGUUUUGGGGUGUGCUCAUAUGUGGGUACAAUAUUUCAAAGAGAUUGUUGUUUAAAGUGCAUUUGACAGUUUAGACUACUCAUUUCAACUAAAACAUAGUUAACUUCAUUUUAUUUAAGAUUUGAUUAAAAAUCUUUAAUAAUAAUAUUGUAAUUUUAUUUUUUUCUAUUUUACUUCCUGGUUGGACAAGGGCCAAAGCUAAAUUGCACUUCAGUUAUGAUUGGACUAAUGAAUAUUAAUGACAAUAAUGUUAUUGUGUUUAAAUUAAUGUUAAAACUGCCUGAAAAAUGCCUUCCUGUGAAAUGUGUGUGAGUGUGAAAUUGCUGCACGUUUGGGUGUAAAGUUCUUGAGAGUAAGGUUUUGGGUGUAAGGUUUUUGGGUGUAAUGUUCUGUGUUGAUGUAGGUAGAGGUAUUGGUUUUCAAUAGAAUUCCUCAUUUUGAUUAUUUUUUUCAUUCUGAUUUUCAAUUGCUGAAUUUGUAAAUAUACAUUUGUAAUGUGUCACUAUUUAUAAUUUCAAACCCAGUAAAAAUUCAAUGUAAAAUUUGCAGUGAAAAAAUUCACAGCAAAGAUCCAAGAUGCCAAGGCAUGAGCAACCGAUCACAUCUGACUGAGGAGGAUGGAGGCUGUGUCUAUUCUUUUCUGUGGUUGGGACUUAUGGUUAAGGAAUCAAAGACAUGAGGUAUUGAUUAGGCUAAUUCUGAUCAAUCAUACUGGUUCCCUACAGCCUUUCUUGGUUGUUACUAAGUUAGAUCGAUUGCUUGGCAUCCUGCAUAUUUGCUGUGAAAUUUUUCACUUCACAGAAAUUAUAAAUUAAAUAAUUAAUUAGAUUAUAAUUCAAUUCAAGUUUAUUUAUAUAGCACAUUUAAAAACAACCUCAGCUGACCAAAGUGCUUCACACAAAAUAACAAUAUAAGGGUUUGAAAAUAUGUCUGCUGAAUUUUUAAAAGGCAUUUUUUUAAUUUUUUUAUUUCAUUAACUGAAAUUCAGGAUAAAAAAUAUUCAAACAUGUUUUUUUACAGUAAAAAAAAAUCAAAGUGAGAAAUUCAACACUAAUUGAAAUAAAAAAAUCUGAAACAAAUUAUCUUCCAUAGUAAUGACAUUUCUUGUUUUUUAUGCAUUAAAUACUCUUUAUAUCAUU